GAGUACUGUGGUUUACCCAGGGCUCAAACUAGUCUAGCUGUUUAAGGUAAAAAUCAGAAUUGUUUAUUUAGAAGCUAUUUUUGAUAUCACAAAAGUGAUAUCAAAAGGUGUUUCAAAAAGAAAUAAUUUGUGAAGAUGCUUGCCACGUGGAUAAUUUAGCACUUAGGUUGUUGUGGAGUGUUGAGAUGUGGCUCUGAAAUAGUUGCAUGUUUUACUCAAGUCAAGAAUGCUGCAGGCAAUUGCAAGAACAGGGAGAAUUUCAGUAAGGGAGAGUGUGUUAAUUAUCCAUGCAAGAUGUUCACACUUGCUGCUGUGUUUCAUAUGUUUUCAUAUCUGCUGAAGCAAAGCAAGAAAAGUGUUGUGCUGGGGCAGUGUGCGUGCAUGGCUUAGAGCUGAAUAGAUGUAAAUGGUUAAAAAGGGGUUCUCUGCUAGAGAGGAGGAGGGGAAAGUAAGAGUGCAUUCCCAAAAAAGUACAUUCCCAAAAUAAAAAGCUUACAUCAUGGACCUCUUCAGUUUUCCCACACUUCUUUCCUAAUUAUUGUCCUGCAGGACAGCUGAUCUAUUUCAAACAGGAAGCUGUUUACAGAUAACACUUGCAACUGUUUUGUCUGAUUUGUUGAACUGUCGAAAAGCAAAAGACAACCUCUUUUCAAAUUAAAAACUGUCAGACUUCUGUAAACAGCAGCAAUGAGGUUCAUCUGUGCAGUGUCCCUGCAGGCACAGAGCGUUCUGCAGUUCCCAUUUUCUCAGCAGCCAUAAGGCUGUUUAAUUCUGCUCUCCAGCUUGUCUGUCAAGAAACCUUAUCACCAGUCUGCUGGGUGCUCAUGCUGAAACUGCCUAAUUUCCAGGCUUUCAGCUGUGUAUCUGAACCACUUGGCUUGAAAGCCUCUCUGUCUGAUCUUCUGAAUCCUGAAGUGCCCCUGCUACAAGAAAAAGGAGUCAGUGACCUGUAAGUGCUCAUUAUGAAGAGAGAUCUGGUUUUCUUGGUGACUCUAAUUAGCCUUGCCUUCCUGUCACUACUAAGGUCUGGAUAUCCUCAACACAUUGCAGAGGAGUCCUGCUCUGUUCAGAUUCUUGUUCCAGGCCUCAAAGGGGAGGCUGGAGAAAAGGGGGAGAAAGGUGCUCCAGGUCGUCCAGGCAGAGUUGGACCUCCAGGAGAAAAAGGAGAAAUGGGGGACAAAGGACAGAAAGGCAGCAUAGGACGGCAUGGAAAAAUUGGUCCUAUUGGUUCAAAAGGUGAAAAAGGAGAUAAUGGUGACAUAGGACCACCAGGUCCUAAUGGUGACCCAGGCAUCCCCUGUGAGUGCAGCCAGCUAAGGAAGGCUAUUGGUGAAAUGGAUAUCCAAGUAGCCCAGCUGACAACGGAACUAAAAUUCAUAAAAAAUGCACUGCCCUCCCCCGCAGCUGUUGCUGGUGUGCGUGAGACAGAUAAUAAGAUAUAUCUGCUGGUGAAGGAAGAGAAGAGAUACAAGGAAGCCCAGCUCUACUGCCAUGGAAGAGGAGGGACACUGAGCAUGCCCAAGGAUGAGACUGCCAACAGUCUGAUUGCCUCGUACAUCAACCAAGCUGGGCUCACCAGAGUCUUCAUUGGGAUUAACGACCUAGAGAAAGAGGGAAAUUUUGUCUAUUCCGACCGGUCACCCAUGCAGACCUUCAACAAGUGGCGCAGCGGGGAGCCCAACAAUGCUUACGAUGAGGAGGACUGUGUGGAGAUGGUGGCCUCUGGAGGGUGGAAUGAUGUUGCAUGUCACAUUACCAUGUAUUUUGUGUGUGAAUUUGACAAAGAAAAUGUCUAAGCUUCUCUGCUCUUUCUUUAUUUUAAGAAAAGUUUUUAAGCCAAUUUUACAGGUUACUCCAUGUUUAUGAGUUCAAGUGGCAUUUUGCAAGUAUGUGGCACCAAUGUUGUACAGCUGUAAAUACAAUUUAGGUAUUUCAAAUAUCAGUAUUUACCCUUCAGAAGGGAAGAGCAGUAAUAAGACAUAGCUUGUUUUUUUUAUUUUUCUGUAGAAAAAUAUAUAUAUUUAGAUAAAAAUGUGGUUUGGGGCUAAAUUUUGCCCUUACAACAGUUAACAAAUGUGAUUACAUGACUGUAAAGGGAAGGCAGAAUUUGGCCUCUAGUUGUUAGAAUGAUUAGAAUUAGGUUCCUGAUAUUCUUUUAUCUUAGCAAAAUUUGUAGUUAUAAAUGUUAAUUGCUUGUAGUGCUACAGGGAUAUUUCAGCAACAAGACAAAUAUUUUGUAUACUCCAGCUAAUUAGUACAAAUAUUACUGUAGGUUUAUUGGUUCUUAAAACUUUUUUUUUUAAAAACAACCAAAGCAAGCCAAGAAAUAGGAAGUCCUACCAAUUUUGUAAUGUUUCUUUAUUAAACUGUUCACAGAUGUAUGAUGAGAAAGCAUUUAAGUAAACUGGGUUUUAGUGGUGAAGGAGGACAAAGUUUAGAGAAAGGUGUCCCUGCCCACAGCAGAGGGUUAGAACUAGAUAAACUCUAGGGUCCCUUCCAACCCAAACCAUUCUAUGAUUC